GUGACGUCUGUGUCAUGGCGGCCCCCACGUUGGGCUCGGCCUGGGGCCCGCUACGGCUAGGCGUACCUGGCUUGUGCCGCCGCCGAUCCCCCCGGGGCCUAUGGGGGCGCUCCCGGCGGCUCCCGGGGUCUGCGGGUUCUGGGCGGAGCGUGGCUGCAGCCAGCGGAUCGGGCGUCUCGGGGACUGACCGUUACUGCAUGGAACUGCUGCGGAAACGAGAUUAUGAAGGCUAUUUGUGCUCCUUGCUGCUUCCUGCAGAAUCCAGAAGCUCUGCUUUUGCACUGAGAGCCUUCAAUGUGGAACUCGCUCAGAUUAAGGAUUUGAUUUCUGAGAAAACAAUUGGACUGAUGCGAAUGCAGUUUUGGAAAAAAACUGUGGAUGAUAUAUACAGUGACAAUCCACCACAUCAGCCUGUGGCCAUUGAACUAUGGAAGGCUGUCAAAAGACAUAAUCUGACUAAGAGAUGGCUUAUGAAAAUCAUUGAUGAAAGAGAAAAAAAUUUGGAUGACAGAGCAUACCGUAAUAUCCAGGAACUGGAAACUUAUGCCGAAAACACACAGAGCUCUCUUCUUUAUUUAACACUAGAAAUAUUGGGUAUAAAGGAUCUUCAUGCAGACCAUGCUGCAAGUCACAUUGGAAAAGCACAAGGCAUUGUCACUUGCUUGAGAGCAACGCCGUAUCAUGGUAGCAGGAGAAGGGUGUUUCUUCCCAUGGAUAUUUGUAUGCUGCAUGGUGUUUCACAAGAGGAUUUUCUACGGAAGAAGCAAGAUAAAAAUGUAAGAGGUGUGAUAUAUGACAUUGCCAGCCAGGCACACUUGCACCUAAAGCAUGCUAGGUCCUUCCACAAAAGUGUUCCUGUGAAAGCAUUUCCUGCUUUUCUUCAGACGGUUGCUCUGGAGGACUAUUUAAAGAAAAUUCAACAAGUGGAUUUUGAUAUAUUCCACCCAUCUUUACAACAGAAGGAUACAUUACUUCCAUUAUCUUUGUAUAUUCGGUCAUGGAGAAGAAGAUAUUAAAAAUAAUUUCAUGGCACUGAUAUUAAUUUACUUUUAUUAGUUUUACAAAAUGUACUAAUUAGGGUUGAUUACAACAGCAGGUACUGUGUACUUAAGGAGAAAACAGAUUUAUUGGGUGGGUGUGAGUAGCUCACAGAAUUGAUAAAUUACUGUGGGGUUUGGGUGCCAGAACACUUUUGAGAUUCUUCCACGGACUCAGCCAUUGUCACCACCAACCCAGAGGGUGUCUGCCGUACCAUCCCUGUAAAGCUGCAGCCCGAGAGGGAACAUUGCUUUGGGGCUUAGGCUGCAGGCCACGCUUCCCCAGCAGGGGGCAGAGAGAAGAAAUGGCUCCUCCCUUACCCUUGGAGAAGGGGGAGGAGGGGCUCAGGUAGUGCUGGCUGUGCUUGGAGAGCCAGAACUCAGUGCCCCGCACAACUGCGAAAUGGGUUUAUUUAGGGGUCCUGGAAGGCAAAGUUAAUACUUGAGGAGUGUCAGUCACUACAUUGAGGGUUUUACAUCCCUAAUAUUUCAUCUUUACAACCCUGUGAAAAUUUAUACAUGAUAAAAUAACUUCUUUAUGGUAAAACAGUUGGCUGUCAAGAGUUGGAACCCUAAUUUGACUUUAUGUCUGGCUGACUUGGAGCUUUUACUGUUUUGAUAAGGCCACUGCCUCACUCUCUGUCAUUCCACAUUGUCGUGAUCAUGAACAAAAUUGUAAUUACAGAGUUCGUAUUAAUGUAAAUUACAUUAACAAAAUUUCUUUGAACAUUCAUUAAGGGAUGCUACUUUUUUAAAAGUAUACUGCUAGAGCUUCCCACUGAUAAGCCUUGGGCUAUACAUAUACUUUCAUUAAUGUUCUCAUUUGACCUUUAAAACUCUAUGAAAUAAAGAAUUUUUGGUAAUUGAAAAAUUUAAAUUAUAAAAUACACCCUAAUUGCAAAAACAGAGUUGUUCGCUUUACUGGUAAUGGCAAAUCUGGACUCUGAAUGAGUCUCUGACCCCAAGGCCAGGAUUAGGCCCCUGUUUUUCUUUUCCUGCCUUUUCCAGUGGUCUUGGCUCCUGCCCACUCAGGCCUCUGGGAUACUGUCCCACUCCCCCAUCUCUCUUAAGCUUUUGUUUUCAGCUGUGAAUUAGUGCCUCCUACAAUUGUGAAUGAGUGAUGGCUUAAAAUACUACUUCUUGUUUGUUUUGCAAAUGAGACUUAAACUGAGAGCUGCUUGUGGUAAGAAUACAUUUUUUUGUUCACCUUGGUAUCUCCAAACACCUAGAAUGGUUUCUGGUUUAGAGCAAGUAGAGAUUAAUAAAUGUAUAAUUGAAUGAAUGUGCAAUGUGUUUGUAUAUGUUAGUAUAUUCUUAGUUGAUUCUGAUGCUGAAAGAACGGCCUCUUGUUUAAUUCUGUGGCUUUAGUAAACCUUUUAGCUUAUCUGAAAAAGGCAAGUACAAGGAAAUGGGACACGUUUCCUCUUGGGAUUCUGAAUGGUCCAGGGUUGAAGAGUUCAUUAGAGAUAGUCUUUGUUAGCAUUGUCUGUGGGUCUUCCUAGGUUAAAUCUGGCAGCAAUCAGCUGCUAAGCAUCUUGGUUCUUGUCUAAGGACCUUAAAAAGAAGGGUUUAAAUUCUCUUUUGGAUUACUGGGUUCUUUACAGGCUCAGAAGCCAGUUUACUAUUAAGUAAAUAAUUUCAAAAUACUUUCUAAGCCAUUUUAAAUUUGAUGUUUAGAGAUUUGGAUGAACUAAAGUUUUCAGUCUCCUAGAGAUUAAGAUGUGAUCUUAUUCAGAAACACUUACUGUACUGUUCUCUUGCUGGCAUAAAAGAUACUCCUUUAGAUGGUGCCAACAUUCUUUUUCAUUUUUCACAUCUCUGGGCCUUUUAUUAGAGCAUUUUUAAAGGAAUCAGAUACAUUUUUAGAACAUUUAAAAUGUGUGUGAAUACCGAAUAUAUGCAGAGUAAUAGAUAAGAAAUGUUAAGUACAAAUUACAGAUUAAUCUGAAUACAGGUUACAUUGCACAUUAUUACAAAAUAUAUUUUUGUUAGUUCCCAGUCAGCCAGCAAUAGUUUUAAUCUCCUUUUGGUUAAAUCUCUCCUUUGGUUGAAAUUAGUGCUAACAUUUACUGAGCAUGAAUUUGCACAGGUGGUGUGCUCUGCACUCAUGCAUUAAUCUUCACAGCGAAGUAGGUCUUUAUUUUCCAAGUGAUAAAACUGCCUCAGAGAUGUUAAGCUAAGGUUACAGCUGUUAGAACUAGACCUGGAUGCCAAACUCACAUUACUUUAAUGCCAAAGCCCACAACCUAUGUAUUUUUACCAUUCUUGAGAUUGUAAAAUAAAUUGCCAACUUAAAAAGUUCAAGGGCACAACUUUUUUUCAGAAAAAUCUGCUACAUAAAUUUAAGGUACAAAUUAGGUUUUAAAAAGUACAGUUACUACAUAAAUUCCAUCUACAAAUUAGGUGAGAGAGAAAUAGGCAACGGAAGCGGGUAUUAAGUGCUGGUCACUGGGUGGUAUACUCACGAGGGGCACAGCACCACCUUGUAGGACAAAGGUUUCCCAGAGGAGAUGGAUAUGAGGAGGCUCAGGAAGGCUGGGUAGGAGCCAGGGUUUGGGGAGGGGUGUAAAUGUGGGGAGGUCCUUGCUGAGGGAGCGCCAGAGCCACAGGCAGAAUGGACAGCCUGUGUCAAGACUUAAUUUUUUGGCUCUAAAGUAAAAAGGACAGAAUGUAAUAAUGUUCAGAGUUCUUAGGAAAGUCUGUGAUUAUAAAGUGGCCACAUCCCCUGGUCUAGUGAAACAUUUUGAAUUAAGAUAAAUACUUGGGUGUUUAUAUUUUGCCUGUUUCAGCAAAUCUCUAGGUGCCUUUGGGUUUGUUUUAGCUCAUAAAUAGGAUGUCUCUGCACACACCUAAUCGAUUACCUUGUCCAGAAAGAUCCAGAGUUGUAAACAUGGUUAUUGAAAACAAAGCAUCUUUACUGAGCACAAAAACACAUGCACCCAGAACUGGGAAUUAAGUCAGAAGUGAGUUGGAGGAAGGGGAGAGGAGUUCGGGGAGCGACUGCGAGACUAUGUUAAAUAACUUGGACACCACUCUACCUGCUUUUUCCUAUAAUGAACAUAUAUUUCGAGGGUAACUGGAAAGUUAAUUUCUUAAAAAUUGGGACCCUUCCAAGAAUGGACAUGAAUUUACCCAUCAAAUCUGUAUGUACCGGAUAAGAAAAUUUGUUGAAAAACCAUGAAUGGUGUUUGGCACAAUAAAUUGUUAAGUAUGUAACUCAUUCCGUAGUAAAGUAUAGCCAUGUUUUCUCUCCCGAAUAGUAUUUCAACUGUUGGUUUAUAUGUUUGUCCCUCACUUAACCAAGUUCUUUGCAAGACCAUGUUUUUUAUUCUUUGUAUUUCCAGGUAGAUCCUAAAGCUGCUGCACAGUCUCUGUGGUCCGAAUGGACAUGCAGCGGUAGAAGGUGGAGGGGUGGGCUCCCAGGAGAUGUCAGUGGGAUUGGGCUGGUGAACUGCAAGUGUGUGUAAGAGAUGUGACGGUGUGAGCUAGUGGGUGUUCGCUUAGUUCAUCAUCUCACAGUAUAUGUAAGUCAAGACAUGCUGUGCUCCUUAAACUUGGCGCACUAUGUCAGUUAUAUCCCAAGAAAAUAAAGAAUGAAAAAAAAAGUUAUCAGGUAUGAUUGAAAAGCAGGGUGUGAGGAAGAAAAAGGGGGACUAAAAAAGUAAAUAAAUCAUAGACACAUGAAGAUGUUUGGAUUUUAAGGAUGGUGUGAAAUUUGAAAAUACCUCAAAAAUGUUCCAUGAUAUAUUUUGUGUAUAUAUGCUCAUGGAUAUUGUUUGCAUUUUUCUAGUGUAAUCAUACCUUUAAAUAGCAGUACCUUUUAAAUCAGGUAUGAGGCAGAAUGUCUUUUUUUCUUAUUUGAUAAGUCUGUGAGUUAAGUUUUUAUUGCCUUGUACAAAUACUGUUUUCAUUUGAGUCACCCUUUCUUAUUAACAGUCCUGCCUUGGUGGUGUGUUUUCCCUUUUAUUUUUAAUCACAAUCUUCCCAGCUGCUUAAUAUAUAGUAAUAGUCUGUGUGUUUAAAACACAGGCCUAUAGAUUGAAUUUUCUAGAGAGCAAGUUCAAGAGGUUUUUUAAAUCAUAAGAUCUCUCUUGUGGGUGCUUCAAAGAUUCUUUGGGAACUUAUCAUUAAUUAUUUGAGAAGCUAUUUCAUUAUAUUUUAUAUUUGUUUCUUAUUGCAGUGGUUUUAUCCUAUGUUAGUCUUCUAAGUUGACUAAUACGUUGUAAAAGUUCUCACUUAAGUUAACAUAAAGACACUUCCUCGACCCCUUUUUUGUAAGCUACUCCAUAUGGCUGUUAGGAGUAGAUCUGUGUGAAUCUAGGUUUGGUGGAAUUAUAAUAUACACUGAAGGAUUAUCUUUUUAAAUUAAAGUGUUUUAUUUUUUACAUAAGUAAUUUCCACGUGCUUGUUACAGAAAUAUUGGAGAAAAAUAAAUACAAAAAUGUAAAGGAACAGUAUUUUUUAUUGUAUUUUUUCCAUUACCAUUUAGUCCCCUUAUACCUCCCGCUCCGC